UUCUGCUGGGAACUUCCCUCUGGUUCAAGGCUGAAAUUUGCCAGUCAGCCUCCAGAGUCUGCAUGCUUUUCUCUCCCUGUUCUGCUUCGAUGAAGACAGCAACUGGCACAGCCACGCUGAAGCUGGCCAUGAACUACAGCCUGGGACUCGCUCUGCUCUUGAUCUUCAUUUUGCCCAUGCAAACCGUGGGGGGCUUAAAGUGUGCCGAGAACGAAUACCCGCUUUGGAACUCAAAGUGCUGCAGGAAAUGUCCAGCAGGAAAAGAGUUGGCAAAACGUUGCACGGUGUCUACCGACUCAACCUGUGAGCCAUGCGACCACGGCUACUACAAUGAGGGCUACACCGAAUCGAGGUGCAAGCGUUGCACAACCUGCUCCAAAGACAAGGGACUCCGGGAGAAGGAGUCAUGUAAAACAACCUCCAACACAGUCUGCACAUGCCUCCCAGGCCAUUUUCCAGCCAGUGGAAAUUUUGGUGAAAAGAGUAAGUACUGA